AUCAUUAUGGAGGCAGGAGCCCAAACAACCACAGCUCCGUUCAUUCUGUUAUGAAGAGUACUGACGUCUCGCGUCGCAAGGAAACUAUGUAUUAACUCGACGUGUUAAGGUUUUAUAAAACAAAGUUUUGGGACAGGCGCGGACAUUUUAUUCGUACGGAUGUUGGACAGUCGUGGUAACCAAGGUUACUCGGAGUUAGCGUCCAUCGGUAAGUUAGCAGUGACAUUGAGAGCUGCGGACAGUUAGGAACUAACCGGUAUGAAAUUAACGAGGUGAAGUUUUAUAAAAAGUUACGUUAAUGUACUAUGACAGUCAUUUGUACAUUAAGAUGAGGAACUGCGACCCUCUCAGAUAUUACGCGGCGGCGUGUUUGUAACGUUAGUAGGUGCAAAAGAGCUCAAGGAAACUAUACAAGAGUGAAUCAGGAAGUGUUUCUCUACUAGCAGGCGCCAUGAUCUUCCUUUGCGUAAAUCUUUUAAGGAGCAACCGCGUCUUUUCUCUCUCCACACAUCUGACACAAAAAGUCCAAGUUUGCAAACAAGCUGCUGGAAACCCUGUGAAAAAGGCGUCCUCACAGAUCAGCUGUUACAGACACUUUAGAGCCACUCCAUCUGCACCGCCUCUCCUCUUCUGUAGCAAUGGGAGGACAGCUUGUUUACAGAUUGCUCCCAAAACCUCCUCACCUCUGCACUCCGCUCGUGUCCUGGCACAGUGUGGACACCACUUCCACACCUCAGCUCCUGUGAGGGCCCUGCCUGCUCCUCUCAUAUGGAUGGUGCUCAAACCUCUGCAGAAGCUCAUGGCUAUAAUCCUGGGCAGGAGUUUAAGGAAGUGGUGGGUGGCUCUACCAGACAACCGCCGAGAGCUCAUGCGCGAAUGGGCCUGGCAGCACCGCUGGCAUCUGGCAGCGGGGGCAUGCGUUGCCAUGGUGAUUGUAGUCCUCCUUCUCCUGACCCACCUGGAUGAGUCCCCGGUGACUGGACGGACCCGCCUCCUGGUGUUCAGCAGGGAGAACUACAUGGAGCUGGCAGCUGUGACUUCAGCGGCGUACAUGGAGGACUUUGCAGAGCAGUUGGUUCCAGUCACUGACCCCCGGCACCAGGUGGUGGAGCGGGUUGUGCAGCACCUGGCGCAAAGAAACCAAGACAUCCCUGAAGUGUCUGAAGUCACCUGGAGCGUCCACGUGGUGGAAGGUCCCAACGUCAAUGCCUUUGUCCUCCCGAACGGGAAAGUGUUCAUUUUCACUGGGAUGCUGGAAGCUGUGGCAGAUGUUCAUCAGCUCACCUUUGUCUUGGGACACGAGAUGGCUCAUGCUUUACUGGGUCACUCUGCAGAACAGGCCAGUCUGUCUCAUGUCAUAGACCUCCUGUCCCUUAUUCUGCUGACAGCCAUCUGGGCUGUGUGUCCUCGAGACAGUCUGGCUGUGCUGGGACAGUGGGUACAGGACAAGCUUUCCCAGUUGAUGUUCAGCCGUCCCUUCAGCAGGAAACUGGAGGCAGAGGCCGAUCACGUGGGAUUGCAGCUGGCUGCUAAGGCGUGUGCAGAUGUGCGAGCAGGACCCGUAUUCUGGCGGCAAAUGGAAAUCAGAGACCAGCUGACAGGAGAGCCCACCUUCCCCGAGUGGCUGUCCACACACCCGUCGCACAGGAACAGAUUCACUCAGCUGGACCGCCUCGUACCACAGGCUCUGGAGCUGAGGGAGAGCUGUGUCUGCCCUGCUCUAUCACCCACUGACCCUCGUGCAGUCUUCUCCAAGAGUGUCCGUGUGUUGCUGGAAAACGCUAAGCACCAGGGGAGAGGAGGGCCAGAAGGGGUACACAAGCCCCACCUGCCCCACCUGCCCCACAGCCCGGCCUCACUUUCCACUGGACUGCCUGCAGCUCUGCUCGCUGAAACCGCCCCUCCUCCUUCCCCAAAGGUGGAUCAAGAAAUUAAAGGCCCAGUCCCAUCUGUGGCUUCAGAGUUAGCUAUAGCGUCUGUCCCUGCUCCUGCUGAGGGGGAAGGAUCCCAGCCUGUGGUGCAGAACACCAGCUGACAGGGGCGUUAAAUCUUCACAAAGUUUUUCAUAGACUGGCUUUUUAGAUGAGUGAAUGAUUGAUAUAUAGGUCAGCUGGCAUAUUUAUCAAACUAUUUACUGCUGCUUAUUGUCUAUUAAAUUUCAGAGGCCCUGGGUGCACAGGUGGCAGAGGAGUAAAGUUUAAACCUACCAGCACAGAGACCGAGGGUCAGUCCUUUUCUUUUCAUUACACACUUCUUGUGGUUGCCAGCACAAUAGAGGGUGGAGCCGGGGGUGGUGCUGUGAAAAUAAGUGGCUUUGGAGAAAAUUGGUGGAAAAAGUCAGCAAAAAAAAUAAUAGAAAAAGAGAAAAAAAUCAAGGCCCCUCCUAACCUUUCCCUCUACUGCAACACCCUGCUGACUGAGCUUCAGAGAAUGUUAUUCAUGCCUAGUGGCUACAAAGAUGCCACAUUAAUUAGACAACCUCGAACAGGGAAGUGCUGAACGAAUCUUAGCAAAGCUUCCAUACAUCGCCGGAUUAAUAUGUGCAUUAUUCAUCGACACACGGCAACAGACGAGAGUAAGCACUUUGCGUGUGCAUGUCGGCGGCUUCGUCCAUGGCAGGCCGAGGACAUCUACAUUCUAAUUAUGACUACUGCAUUCUCAUGCCACACACACAGCACUUUAUGCAUUCUCCACCCCGAGGGACUUAAUGGUGUAAAUUUAUGCCGGGUUGUUUGCAGGUUUUAAAACACAGCCUUCUACGCUGGAAUGCCAAUAUCCACCGUCAAGCUUUGAGAAAUCUUUCAUGGGAUUUUGUAAAAUCUUAUUUAACAAGGCAAGUUGACUGAGAAAACAUUCUUAUUUGCAACAACAGCCUGCGGGAGCAGUCGCACAAUGUAGAGAGGAGGGCAGUUAUGGUUCAUAUCUCGGUAAUCUUUUCUGUGUUUGUGCUGAAACAAAGUAGCACACUUGGUUAAACUGUGAAAUCAAAAAAGUACUACUGUGUUUUCAUACGGGAUAGAUUAUUUUAUUUGUGUCAUGCAUUUUAGGUUCAGGGUCUGUAUCGGCUUACAAUACACCAGACCGCACUCCUUACAUGUGCUGUGGAAGCUUUGUUUUACUGCAAGCAGGGUAGGUCUAUAUUAGAGUCUAUUAGAAUAAGUGGCCGGUGAUAGGGUUUGCACAAAAAAGUGCCGAGGGAAUAUUAUCUUUUGCAUAUCAAUAACUCAGCAGGAACAUGCUCUGUUUACAAGUGGCAAGCAAAAAAAAUAAAUAGAAGAAAAUAAAUGUUAUUUUGGCUUUUUUUCUCUCCACUGCAAGAUCCCCUGAAAUCCAAGUAAAUCAAAGAUAGACAUUUAUUUAUAUACAGUAGAAAUGAGGAUUAUGGAAACACAAUGUAAUAUUUACUAGUGUUGUCACGAUACUGGGUGAAAACGGCAAUAAUUCUUUGAACUAUAUCAAUAUUCAAUACCAAAACCAAUGUCAAAAUUGACACUGAGGGCAUACAAGUCAAACUACUAUUAUAAAAUAGGGUUGGCACAGUGAGCGCGUUUACAUGCACACUAAUAAACCGAUCAUUAUCUGAUUUCUGGAGUUACCUGAUUAUUCAAGUGGUCAUGUAAACAGCAUAAUCCGAUAGGCUUUAUCAGAUAAAAGCCAUUAUCUGAUUAUGAGAAAUCAGAUAAACACACCUAGCUUUUUCCCCAAUAGUCAGAUUAUUCGGUGCAUGUAUACCCUUUAAUCUGGUUUCUUUCGGGUUUUGCUAUUUUAUACUCCCACUCCACUACAUUUUAGAGGGAAAUAUUGUACUUUCUACUCCACUACGUUAAUCUGACAGCUUUUGUUUCCUUUCAGAUAAAGAUUUUACAUAAAAUAAUAUAUUUUUAUAUUCUCAGUGUUUAAAUUGUCACUUUUAUUUUAUCUUACUUAUAUGUUAUGCACUUUGUGUGACAAGUUUAUAUACAAUACACUUGUAUAUUGCACUUUGCAGUACUUUUACUCCGAAUCUACCCAAAGUAUGUAAAAUUGGCUCCACAUUGAUAAACUACACAUUAGAAUGCUCUCACAUGUAUUUGUUAAUGAUAAAAACAAACAGUACUGUAAGAAUAUAAGCUGUCAGCAUGAUGAGUGCUUUAUUCUGCAAAUAUAUGACUUGCGUACUUUUCAAGGUUUUUCAGGGAUAUGAGUACCUACUGUAACAGGAAGUUUGACUUUUAUGUCAUGUACUUGGGGAGAAAUCCAACUGAAGGACUGAAUCAUGUAAACCAGGUUUUUCUGAUUAUCACAUUAUUGAAGUGCAUGUAAACGCGUCAAAUUGGAUUAUUACCAUUACCUGAUUAUUCCCAGUUAUCUGAUUAUUGUGCGCAUGUAAACGUGCUCAGUGAUGCAGCACUGUUGCCUUGCAGCAAGAGUGGAUGGGUUCAAACCUGCACUCUAGCUGGGGUUCUUCUGUACGGAGUUUGGAGUUUGAUUUUAAGAUUUUAAGAUUUUAUUGCUUGUUUUUAAGGUUUUAAAUGGCACGGUACCUCCUUAUUUAUGUGAGCUUUUACACAUCCACACACCUGUCAGAGCUUUGAGGUGACGUCUUGACUCCACAUAUUGUUUUUGUUUGUUUGCCCUGUGUUUCUGUAUUUUGUUAGAUUCUUUUAUGCUUGUGAAGAACUUUGGUCUGGUUGCUUUUAAAUAUGCUAUAUAAAUAAAUUUGACCUCGACCUUGAUCUUG